AUGGUAAUUUCAAGCGAGAAAUACGACGUGAAGCAGAUCAGCAAAUCUCUGUUCGAGACCCGUUUGGUGCUUGUUGUUCGCAAGUUUCACCAAAAGGACGUGGGUUCCUACCGAUGCAUCGCCAAGAACUCGCUGGGGGAGGUGGAGAGUGGCAUACGCUUAUACGAGAUCCCGCGGUCGUCGAGCAACGGCGUGCGCGGCAGCGACGACAACUACGGCGACUCGGACGACGACGACGACGACGGGCUCAACUACGGCUCGGCGGAGGACCCGGACGACGAGGUGGGCGGCAACACGGUGCCCCAGCGCGGCCACAUGACGCACCUGGCCACGCUCGUCCCGCCCGUCCUGGGCGUCUUCAAGACGCACGACUCGGACAACGACGUGGUGGGGGCGCCCGGGCGCGGCGGCUCGCGCCAUAAGGGGGUGAGCUCGGCCGCCGCCGGCGACGCCCGCCCGCCCCCGCACGCCUUUGCGCUGCUGGCGCUCGCCCUGGCGGCGGCGGGGGCGCGGCGCCCGCCCGUGUAG